AUGAGUUUAGGAGAUUUAAUUGCUAAUAAAGUAAUUGAAAAGUUUAAUAAUUUAACUGUGAAAAAUGGUAAACCUAUAAUAAGAUCAAAUGGGGUUGAAGAAUGGACAGUUUUAGCUAGUAUUGUCAUAAUUGAUGGAGAUGAGAUCGAACCAAUAACUUUAACAACUGGUGUAAAAUCAUUACCUGAUGAAUUUAGACAAUUUUCAAAUGGAACUUUAGUACAAGAUUGUCAUGCUGAAAUAUUAUCUAUACGGCUUUUUAAUUAUUUUUUGCUUAAGGAAUUUUCUAAUUCAAAUUCAAAAAUUGUUGUGGAUGGAAAAUUUCGUGAUGAUUUAAAAUUGGCAUUAUUUGUUAGUGAACCUCCUUGUGGUGAUGCUUCGAUGAAUUAUGUGCUAUCUAAUAUGAAAGACUCUACUAUAUGGCAAGUUAAAGAGUCUACAGUUGGUAUCAACCGUGGUAGAGAUAAUUUUGGUCAAUUAGGUUUAGUUAGAACAAAACCUGGAAGAUCAGAUAGUUUAAUUGCUUUGUCAAAAUCUUGUUCUGAUAAAUUAUGUGUGAAACAAGUGAUGGGGAUUAAUUCAGCUAUAACUUCAGAACUAUAUGAACCUAUUUUCAUUGAUUAUUUGGUUAUUAAAAAUUUAGAUCAAGUUGAUUUUGAUCGAUGUUUUAAUAGAUUAAGAGGUAAUAAUUUUAAGUUAUUAACUUAUAAUAAUGAUGAUUACAAAUUUAAUAAGGCUGAUGGUAAAGCACCAGCUAUAAAAUGUUUGAUACAUUUAAUACCAACCAAUGAAACUCAAAUUUUAAAUAAUGGGGUUAAAAAUGGAUCUGUAAUUAAAGAUAAGAAUUUGAAAUUUAAAAGCUUUUUAUGCAACAAACUAAUGAUGGAGCAGUUAAAACAAGUGAAACAAGUUAACCAUACAACUUAUCUUGAGUUUAAACAAUCAAAUAAAUCAAGACAAGAAUUAAAGAAGCAAUGCCGUGAGAUUUUACAAAAUUGGAUAUGUACUAGUUAUGAUAAUUUUAAUAUAUAA